AUGUAUGGAGGAAAUUGGACAACGAUUUCUGUGUCCAGACUUAGGAUCAAUGAAAAUGCGGUCCUUCGGAACAACCCAAACAUGCCACAGAACGACGCCGCCUUCUGUGUCUGGGUCUUGAAGCAACUCCAUGACAGCAAACGCUACGACAUGGUCGAGCCUUUCUUCAUCCUUGGGAAUGGUCUUCUCGAUAUAAGGACUGUUUACCAGAGGCUCGAGAGUGGACAUUAUGUUGAUGCUGCAGGAUUCCAGAGGGACCUGUUCUCCAUUCCAACAAAAUUUAUAGACCGAUAUCCAGGCAAUCACACUCUUGUCCAUGAGAAGGCCAACAAUCUUCUACUCACUCUACUACCCGAACGCUUUGCGCAGAGGAACCGAUGGGAGGGCUACAGAAGGAGGAGUUCACAGCAACAACAACAGCAGCCUGUCGUUCCUUCGACUUCGGUCCCUGUUGCCACCGCUCAACCCGUUCUCACGGCUGCUGCUGCUGCUGCUGCUGCUGCUCCUGCUCUUGUUCAGAGCGCCGCCUCUGAUGCCGUCUCUGAUACCGCUUCUAAUGUUGCUGCUGAUCCUGCCACUAAUGCCGCUUCUGUUGCUACACCCAAUGCUCAUCAACAGUCUCGCUUCAGUAGUCCUUUCGUCAUCCGUACCUCUGCCACUCCUAAACCUUCUGGAAGACCUCCUACUUCCUCCAGACAAGAGACCACGGGGCUUUCGGCAAGCAAGCACAGAGCCUCUGAGCACCCAGCCCGCCCAGAUCCCGACGACACGUCUCGCCAUGUCAGCGAAGCAGUCGACCUCGAUUCAGAACGACGCGAGGCACGCCGUGGAAAGAAGAGAGCCGCCGAUGAUCUGGUUGUUGGUAGCAGCUCCAAGAGGGCUCGCCAGGAGGUUGAACAGCACAAGUACCACAGCGAGCUUCGCAUCCAGAUCGUCGAAGUCAUCGACCAAGAAAUGAAGCUCGUCUACGGCCAGGAAGCCAGUAUGGAGCUUGAGGAAGGUGCACAGCGAUACAUCGAUCAGCUGUCUCAGAUGGACGCCGAAGCUAAGCACAGGGCCACCGCGUCGGAUCAAAAUGUGUUCAAGGAGGAUCACAAAGAGAAGAUUGAGAAAAUGGUCGUGAAGUAUAUCCGUGAAGAGCUCAACAAGUUCCUGGCGGCAAAGGGCCAGUACAUCCAGCCGAGACUGUCGCUGUCCAGCAAGAUGAAGAAUGAGGAUGAAGAGGAUGAGAAGGACGACGACUCUGAGGAAGACUCCAAGCCCAGGGUCAAGAAAGAAAGGGACUGA